AACAACAACAAAAAACCUUUGGCCUGAGUCAGAAGACAGCUGUUUACUUCUGGCAGUGUUUUGGAAAUUUGCUCCGUUCCCUGGUCCUGGUCUCAAAUACACGCUGAAGUGGCUCAGAGGAUAAACCCAAAGGUUGAACCUGCAGACCAAGCACCAAGUAGAAACUGAAAGUACAGUGCAGACUGAUCCUACGGAAGUUAUGGAAAAGGCACUGCGCGGAGCCGGGCAGUGAUGAGUGCCGCCCCUCCCGGGAUGGAUGCAAGCCGGCGCGGUGUGGAUGAAAGGAACCAGCGGCAGCUCCUGCACUGCCCAGCUUCGCUUGUGGCAAUUCCGCGGAAGACUGGAGUCCUGGGAGUGAUUAUGGGUGGUGAGAGCUCGCUCCUGCUGCAGUUGCGGUCAUCAUGACUACGCCCGCCUCCUGCAGACCAUGUUCCAUGUUUCUUUUAGGUAUAUCUUUGGAAUUCCUCCUUUGAUCCUUGUUCUGUUGCCAGUAACUUCUUCUGAUUGUCACAUUAAAGACACAGAUGGUAAAGCAUUUGAAAAUGUUAUAGUCAUCAGCAUCGAUGAAUUGGUCAAAGAAUUGGUCAAAAUAAUAGGAAAUGAUAGUGAUUGUCUGAAUAAUGAAUCAAACUUUUUUAAAAAGCAUUCAUGUGAUGAUACAAAGAAAGCUGCUUUUCUAAGUCGUGCUGCUGGCAAGUUGAAGCAAUUUCAUAAAAUGAAUCUCACUGAGGAUUUUGGAGAUCACUUAUCUAAAGUUUCAGAUGGUACAUUAGCACUGGUGAACUGCACCAGCCGUAAGGAAGAAAAAGGUAAAAAGGACAAAAAAAAGAAUGACCCGUGUUUCCUUAAGACACUAUUAGAAGAGAUAAAAACUUGUUGGAAUAAAAUUUUGAUGAACAUUAAAUAACAAUGAAAACUAUGGAGUGGCAAUACAGAGUCUAUGUCCUGAAGUUCCAUUCUUCAAGAGUCAAUUUGCCUUUGCAGUUGUUGGAGAAGAAACCCUCUAUAAGCUGCUGCAUGUGUCAUAGAAUAGAUGAUUUGAGUAAAUGAGAAACCUACACUGUUAUAAAUGAACAUAAACAAUGGAAAAUGAUUAGCUGCAGUCAACAACUGUUUUGUAUGUAUGUGAAUAUAUAGCACUUGGUUUAACCAUACAGAUUUUGUAAAACAAUUCUCAUAAGGUAUCAUUUACAAUACUACUUCUUAAACGUCUUCCAAUAUUUCAGAAGCUAUAAAAAUCUAUAAAGUAUAUAAAAAGGAUAAAAGCACUCAAAAUUAUAAGUUUUAUUAUGAAGGUAAUAUUUUUGCCCACUGCAAUCCAAGUACUUGGAGUAAGAGUAGAAAUUGCCACCUUCUGCACUACAGAUAUUUUAGGGUUAAUAGUGAUGUACAGAAAAAUGUUCACAAGAAUUAGUCAAAUGCUUUAAAGAAGUAACAUAAAAAACAAGAUACAUAAGAGAAAGAUCAAGAGAUGUAAGCAAAUGUGAAUUGUACCACAGUGCCUUUCACAAAAGAUAAAGUAUGUAAAAUAAAAAUUU